UUUUUUGCAGGGUACACAUGCAAAGGAUGCUACGAUCAUGGCCAAUCUGCCAAGUGUACUAUUUCUUGAAAAGCAUAUCAACUACAUUGCUGCAUAUGAGAACAAAAAAGAUGAUUAUGAGUACGUGAUGACAGAGUAUCUGAGAAUGAGUGGUAUCUACUGGGGAAUAACUGCCAUGGAUUUGAUGCAUCAACUUGAUAUGAUGGACAAAGUUCAAAUCAUUGCAUUUGUGAAGCAGUGUCAGCAUAAAUGUGGAGGUAUUAGCUCUAGUGAAAAUCAUGACCCACAUCUCUUGUAUACACUCAGUGCUGUGCAGAUAUUGUGUACUUAUGAUGCCCUUGAUACAAUUGAUGCAGACCUAGUAGUGGAUUAUGUGAAAGGACUUCAGCAGCCUGAUGGUAGUUUUGUAGGCGAUAAGUGGGGUGAAGUGGACACCCGAUUCUCCUUCUGUGCUCUUGCCUGCCUUGCUUUACUA